AUGCAGUGGAUUCUAUUACCAGAUUUAGAGACACAAGAUUUGAAUGUUUCAGUAUGUAUUGAAAAUAAAGAUAUCCCCCCAAAUAUCAUAAGAAUCAAAUUUCGAAAACUUGAUUGCAAAUAUGAAAAAUACUACUUAUUUUAUUCUUUGGAUACUAACAAGGGAGUGGUGAGCAAAUAAACUGAAAUUUGUGACAAGACUUGUUCAUUCAAUUCUGAUCAUGAUAUUCCAUUAGAAACUGGAGUUGAAUAUUCAAAUAAAAAAAUUGAAGUCAGACUAUUUGAAAAAGGAUUCUUUGGAUCAUCUGAAAUAGGAGUAGGUUAAAUAAGUCUUGAAAAUAUCAAAAACAAGACAUUAUUCGAAGGAACAGCCAAUAUCACAACUCCAAAAAAAUAAGUCAUCCAACUUUCUUAUACAUUGAUGAUUAGAGAACCUAUAGAUAAAUACACAUAGUUAUAAAUUUAAUUUGUUUAAAUAACAAAAUAAUACCCAGUAUUUGAUAAACAAGAAGGAAUGAAGGAGUUUUUGGAGAAGUUCAUGGUUUCUUUGCCUACUUAUGAAUAAUACAAAAAAGAGAUGGAAAUCAAAAGAUAGAAGGAAUUAGAAGAAGAAAAAAAGAGAGAAGCCUAAAGAAUAUAAGAAGAGAAAUUACUUCAAGAAUAAUAGGAAGCUAAGUAAUAGUAAUAGUAAUAAUAAUAAUAAAAUCAAAUAAUAUUCUUAAAUCAUAUGGAUAAUAAUCCAGAAAUAUAAAAAAUAAAGGAAUAUAUGUCUACUAAUCCAAAUCUACCACCUAAUUUUAAUAUCGAAGACUUAUUAUAUCCUGAAAAUCCAUUUACAUUUCCAGUUUUUUCCUUCAUAGAAGAAUACUAACCUUUAGCAAACCAAAAAAGUAUUGAAUUGAGGUAAGAACCUAGUUUAAGAUAAUGGAGUAAAUUUGUAUAAACCAUGUGGGAACAAUACACUAAAUAAUAAUGUAUAAUAAGAAAAAAUUUAACAAACGUUGGUGUUGAGUGGUAUUUAGAAAAAAUAUAAGGAUUAAAUGUUUUUGAUUAAUUUCUAUUGGAUACCUAUACAAAGUUAAAUUUAAAAGAUUGGGUAGAAUUUGUAAAAUAUAGAAAAUGUAAGUUACAAAAGGAAUUAGAAGAGUUAGAGAAUAUGUAAAAUGAAGAGUAAGAAUGA